AUGCAUUUCCUAUCUCUCAACCAUACACCAUCUUCACACGUCAAAGACGCUUCUUCACAUAUCUGCUCGGAUAUCUCACUCUCGCUUCCUCUCUCACAGCUACCAUCUACUUCCCACUCAAUUGAUCUUUUGAGCAGUCAGUACAACAUAUCCACCCAACUCGUCAACCUUACUAUCACAUUCUGUGUGAUAUUCCAGGCCAUCUCGUCCGCCUUCUGGGCCCCACUCUCGGAUAGCCUCGGCCGCCGUCCAGUCUUCCUAAUGAGCUUCUCGAUCUAUGUCUAUGCCAGUUUCGGACUCGCUCUAUAUAAAUCCAGCUAUUCUGCCCUGAUCUUGUUGCGCGCAUUGGAGGAUCAGCCGUCAUGUCUCGCCUACGCCGUCGUAGUGGACAUCUCGCCUCACUCUGAACGUGGCAAGAUUCUAGGUCUCAUGCUUACAUCGACAAAUCUUGGUCCCUGUAUCGGGCCUGUCAUCGGCGGUGGCGCCAUUUUGGCCUCGGGCAAUGUCAUGUGGUGUUUUUGGGCUUUGGUUAUCUUUGGAAUUAUAUCUCUACUAUUCAUCGGAUGGACAUUACCUGAAACCGCAAGGACAGUCGUUGGCAAUGGCGCCGUCUAUCCGCAGGGUAUAUGGAGGACGUGGUGGACUAUACUGAGUGGGAAAGUUGCCAAGUCGAAUAACAAUCGCACAACGAAUAAUGCCUGCAUAGUACCAGAAGAAGCACUAGCGGAUGUCAACGCCGGGAAACCAGGGAAGGGCAAAUGGAUCAUACCGAACCCAUUUAUAUCCCUCAAUAUUAUACUCUACUGGGACACCAUUUUGAUCCUGUGGAUGGCGGCAUCGCCCUACACCGUAUGGUAUUGUAUCCAAACUUCCCUCCCUCUCAUCUUCGGAGAUACCUUCGGAUACAACGACCUAUUUGUUGGUCUCUGCUUUCUCCCCGGAGGAUUGGGAGUCAUCCUUGGGGGGCUUAUUGCGGGGCGUCUCAUGGAUUUGAAUUACAAGUACACCUCCCGAGCGAUAGGUUUCGAGGUUGACAAUCACGUGGUGGACAGAAACCAAUUUCCCUUUGAAGAGGCUCGAUCUCGUGGCACCUACACGAUCCUAUCGGUUUCCAUCCCUCUCUUGGUUGGUUACGGCUGGGCCGUUCAUUUUCAUAUCCAUCCCAGUAUUCUGUUGGUUUUGCAGGCUAUAAUUGGCGCAAAAUGUACGGUGGUCUUACAAAGUUUCAGUGCUUUGCUGGUUGAUAUCUUCCCAAAACGUCCUGGUGCGGCCGCCGCGGCGAAUAAUAUCACUCGGUGUGCUCUCUCUGCGGCUGCGGUUGCGGCUCUCCAGCCGUUGUCGAAUGCAAUUGGACGCUCCUGGCUCUUCACGCUCAUUGCCCUCGUCGAUGGUGGGGCAGGGUUGCUUGCAGUUUGGGCUCUACGGCGGUGGGGAUCUGCAUGGAGGCGAAAGAGGGAUUCAGGGUCUCGUGAUUGA